GCAAUUAAUAAAUUGUAGGUUUUGACAGUCGUCCUUAUCAAAAAAUUACCUAAGUGCUACCGAGCAAGUGUGUUUGACACUGACUAGUCUAAUUCGAGUAGAACAACAUGUACAAAAACUGACGGCCUUGAUCUCUCGCGAUCCCUUCGGUUGGAUGAUGGUAGGUUAUGGUACUUCGAAUUGCGGUCCUCCUGAUGCGCGUCGCGUCGGUUUUUGGACCUCCCCACCGAAACCUGAAGCUCCUCGAUAGAACAGCUUUCUAUAUCGAAAAGCCGGCGAAAUGGAAAUAGCAAUGUGUCCUGUCAACCCCACCAACUACAUCCUUGAUACAUCUAGCUCAGUUGUUCAAUCCUCUUGGGCGACUCAGAUCGUCCUGUCAGAUGCCUGUGGUGUAUUUGUUACUUUCGAUACAAAUAAAUUCUCUAUUCUGACGUCAUCACCACAAUGUGUGUUGUCAAAGAACUUUUUUAUAGGUGCACCAGAAAGCAAGAUCGAUAAACGUGCGUGCUAUAAGUCUUGCAUAAUUGGAUGAAUCACUGGCUUUUUGCAUAGAUUCUAAGCCUCAAGUUAAGCUCGAUAGGAUACCUGCAAGCUGAGAAACCCAUUGUAAUAGUUUCAGUACGCUAUUAUGCUGUGCGGUUUUUCUGAUCCUUCCUGGUUCGACCUAAAUAAGGACCAUUUUGAUUCAUUUGAGAAAUCUAGAGCGUCCGGUAGCCGUCACAGUACUUAGUUACCUAUUAUCCUUGCUAACGAUACAAAUAGAUUUUGUCGUUCCAAGUGCGUGUAAUAUCAAUACUGCUGGCGCAAAGAACGAAAAAUGAGUUCUAUUCCACAAUAAUGACGAAUAAUCGUUUUCUACACUUGCAUGGCACUGGAGGUGAUGUUCAUCAAAAUUGACAGCCCACGCCCAGUAAAUUCAAACCUCAAAGGUAGUAUAAACAAAAAGAUGUUACUCGAUGUCAACAGGUUCUUAAACCAGCUCGAACUAGCCGACUUCAG